UGUUUACUUGCUUUGUCAGCAGUGUCCCCGCAGCAGAUCUCUCGCGCACCUCACCUGCUGCUGACUACAACCCUGGACCUUCAUCUCACCGAGUGACUUUAUCGCAUCUUCAGGCCUCCUUAUCGACUGUCUCGCAACGUCUCGUGGCAAGGCCCGCCUCUUGCAGACUUUGAGCGGGGGGGGCACAUCGAGUUCCGUCCUUUCUCCCUUUUAGCCAACGGAAAGAUGACGUUAAAAUCCAAUAAAAACGAAGCCGCUGUCGUGCUGGAGCCGGUCAGCAGCGUGCGGACAGCUCUCUCCGACCUGUACCUGGAGCAUCUCCUUCAAAGCAAGCCCAAGACGGACAAGGCUGCAAUGCAAACCUAUGAGAGUAAGGGGGCUGAGGUUUACACCAACGGGAGUGCUGGACACAUGAAUGGCACAGAUCUGACCAGGAUGAAGGAAGUCGAAUUUGACAAGAAUCCUUCAGAGCCAAUGGGAGUCACUCUGAAGCUCAAUGCCAAUCAAAGAUGCACUGUGGCCAGAAUAUUGCAUGGGGGUAUGAUCCACAGACAAGGGUCCUUAAAUGAAGGAGACGAAAUAGCAGAAAUCAAUGGGAAAAGUGUGACAAACCAAACUGUAGAUCAGCUACAAAAGAUUCUGAAAGAAACCAGUGGAGUGGUCACAAUGAAGAUCGUUCCCAACCUGCCAAAUCGAUCCCGAGCCUGUGAGAUGUACAUGAGGGCCCAGUUUGACUAUGACCCCUCCAAGGACGACCUCAUCCCGUGCAAAGAGGCGGGUCUUAAGUUCCAAACUGGGGACAUCAUUCAGAUUAUCAACAAGCAGGAUCCAAACUGGUGGCAGGGCAGAGUGGAAAGCGGCGUCACUGAGUUCGCUGGACUGAUUCCCUCCCCGGAGCUGCAGGAAUGGAGGGUGGCGAGUAAAAGCAAGGCCAAAGAGGGCAGUCAGUCCUGCAGCCCAUUUGGAAAGAAAAAGAAGUGUAAAGACAAGUACCUGGCUAAACACAGCUCGAUUUUCGACCAGCUGGACGUGAUUUCUUAUGAGGAGGUUGUUCGGCUCCCUGCUUUUAAAAGGAAAACAUUGGUGCUUAUUGGUGCACCCGGAGUAGGAAGAAGCCAUAUCAAAAGUGCACUAUUGACCAAAUACCCUGAGAAGUUUUCCUACCCUGCACCUCACACCAGCAGACCCCAACGGAAGGAGGAGGAGAAUGGACAGGAAUAUUACUUCAUCUCCAACGAAGCCAUGACCAAGUGCAUCUCUGGAAAUGAGCUGCUGGAGUAUGGCAGCUUCCAGGGAUAUAUGUUCGGCACCAAAACGGAGACCAUUCACAAGAUCCACGAGCAGGACAAAAUUGCUUUGCUGGAUAUAGAACCGCAGACCUUGAAAGUCUUGCGGACUGCUGAGUUUGCACCUCUCGUGGUGUUCAUCGCUCCAACCAACACAGCUGCCCAGACGGAAAACCUGCAAAUGAUCCAGAAAGAGUCGGACGCCAUUUUGACCACGUACAGACAUGUUUUCGAUGUGGUUCUUGUCAACAACGACGUGAAUGAGAGCGUGCGAGGUGUGGAGGAGGCCAUUGAGCGAGCCACUUCAACCCCACAGUGGGUGCCCGUGUCAUGGGUGUACUGACAGAUGUCUGGCACCAGUAUAAUACCUUUCUGUUUGUUAAAAAGGCAGUGCAAUAUCACUCCUUACACAAGAACCACUUUGUGAUGUCCCCCCGUGUGUAUGGGCCUACUUCUGGUUCAUGUUAAUUGUCACUGAGAUUUUUUGCACAAAUGCAUCCAAAAAACAAAAAAGCAAUAUGUUUAUUUUAGAAAGUUGAGAACUGUUUGGUUGGUUGUUGUGACAUUUUUACUUCAGGAUUUUGAGUGGCUUAUGGAUAGUUUUUAACGCCUUUUGCGAUUGAUGGAAAGUGAGCAAAUACAAAAUAGGACCACAACUGUGAAUGGAAUCCUCCCUUUUUAAAUGACAGGAUUUAUCAUGUAAAUCAGUAUUUCUGAAUGUUUUUUUCCCCCUUUGUUCUCAUCAGAUUGUGCCGUGAAAUAGAUAUUAUGAAACUGUUUGUUCAUACAGUGAGUGUAACUCUACACAACAAUAAUGUCUUCUAAUCCAAACCUUUCAGUCAGUCAUCGACAACAACACUUUUAUCUCGUCCAAAUUGUAUAUCUCAUGGAGUACUGUAAAGGCACUUUUAAGCAAAAAAUAAAAUACCCAGGUCUAUUGCAA